AUGUCCCCCGCCGCCGAGGUGCGCGUCCCCGCAGUGCUGCGUGGGGACGGGCGGCCCUCGCCGCCCCCGCCGGACGGCCCGUCUCUUCCCAGCCGGCCGGGCGCGCUCACCUCCGCUCCGGCCGUGUGGCUGCUGAGAAGGUCCUUGCACGCAGCUGCGCUUCCGUCCUGUGGCCGAGAUCUCGUGGCCCAUCUGAUUCUGGCCGGCCAGCGCCCACGAAUGGCCACGCUUGCUUCCAGAGCCUUCCUCUCUCCCCAGGAACCCACCACUGGACUGACGGGGCCAGAUGAGGGUCGCCUCAAGGAGCGGUGGGCUUCCGCCCCACCCACCCCGUCCCCAAGCACCAGGUCAGGGCGGAACCCCAGCAGCCUGGGUCUCUCCCUCGAGCCCGCCGGCUGGGAGCUGGAAGGGAGCUCUGGGUCCUGCACCCACGCGGCGCCCACGUGCCCCAAGCGUAGCCUUGAGAGUGCAAACUGCUCUCCCCAGCCCAAAGAGCGGAGAGCGGAGUUUGCCACACCAUCCAUGCCCCCAAGUCCCGGGACGGGUUUGCCUCCCCCCCCCCCCUGCGGCUCGGGCACAGAUGCGCCACCCGGAGAGGCCACCUGUUCGGAGCUGGGAGCAAAAGGUUCCCCGUGUGGAAGGCGGUGCGGCUCUGGAGAAAGUGACCGGAACCGUGACCGGAGGCAGCGACUGUGGCUUCGAGCCAGGACGCUGCUGCCCCUGUACGGCUCCGGGAGCGACGUGGAGCCUGCGGGUUCUGCGCUGGGCCGAUGCCCGGUGCGCUGCCACAGGGGCCUGGCGCUGGGGCUGCACCCCGGAGGCGCUCAGGGGGGCGCGGGGCUCCCGGCGGCGCAGGCGGCGCUCUAUGGCCACCCUGUCUACGGCUACUCGGCGGCGGCGGCAGCGGCGGCCCUCGCCGGCCAGCACCCCGCGCUGUCCUACUCGUACCCGCAGGUGCAAGGUGCGCAUCCCGCACACCCCGCCGACCCCAUCAAGCUGGGCGCCAGCGGCUUCCCGCUGGACCAGUGGCUGCGCGCUUCCACCGCGGGCAUGAUCCUGCCCAAGAUGCCGGAUUUCAACUCCCAGGCGCAGUCCAGCCUCCUGGGGAAGUGUCGCCGGCCGCGCACGGCGUUCACCAGCCAGCAGCUGCUGGAGCUCGAGCACCAGUUCAAGCUCAACAAGUACCUGUCGAGGCCCAAGCGCUUCGAGGUGGCGACUUCGCUCAUGCUCACGGAGACCCAGGUUAAGAUCUGGUUCCAGAACCGGCGGAUGAAGUGGAAGCGCAGCAAGAAGGCCAAGGAGCAGGCGGCGCAGGAGGCCGAGAAGCAGAAGGGCGGCCCGGGCGUGGGCGCGGAGGACCGGGCGGAGGAGGAGCUGCUGAGGCCGCCCGCGCCCGGGGACAAGGGCGGCGGCCGCCGCCUGCGGGACUUGAGGGACAGUGACCCCGAGGAGGAGGAGGACGACGACGAGGACGCCUUCCCCUACAGCAACGGCGCGGGCGCCCUGGCCGCCCCGUCCGACUGCUCCUCGGAGGAUGAGUGUGCCCCGCCGCAGUAGGGUUCCCGCCAGCGCCGGGGCGGCCGGAGGGACG